AUGAACGCGACGCGACCGUUAAAAGUGGGAGUUGUUGGGGGAAGCAUCAGCUGGGGCACGGGAGCCACGAUGCGUGGAGAGCGCGACUGGUUCAGCCUCUUCAUGAGCUGGCUGGCCUCCGUGUCCUCGUACCCCGUGACGGGUCGUAACGGCUGCAUACCCGGCACCCCCUCCCACUACAUGGUUCUGUGCCUGGAGCACUCUGUGGACGUGGACCUGGACCUGGUGCUAGUGGAAUACGUGUUCAAUGAUGGUCUGGAUGACUGUGACUGCAUUCGCAACAACGGAGUGGUCAAGUCUGUUGAGCAGCUGCUGAGGAAGUUAAUGGACCUGCCCAGUCGGCCAGCUGUGGUGAUGGUGCAAGUGCCUCACGUAAGAUCCAAGGACUUCGACCCCUUCUUCCGUACCAGCGAAGAUCUGGAAGGUGCCCUGGCGGCUUAUUAUGACAUACCCACUGUGUCAUUGCGAGACGCGCUCUACCCCCUCAACGUGCACCGCCCCACGGAGGGCUUCCUGUGGAACCAAACCUACAACGAACACCACCCAGGGGAUGCGGGCCAUAAAGCCCUGGCAGAUAUUGUCGUACACCUGAUUCAGGAGACGGCGCUGGGGCUGCUGUCGUACCCGCCGUCUCGGGAGGAAGCGGCCAAGUUGGAGCGGCCGCUGCUGCCGCCCAUGUACACAGGCAACCUGCCGCCUUCCACAAGCGUCUGCCUGGUGGGGCAUACCUUCACUUCCCUCGUUACAUACGCCCAGGGCUGGUCCUGGGUUAAUGAGGGUACGGAAGAAAAACCCAAAUGGGGCUACGUGGCGACGGAACCGGGCAGCCGUCUUGUCGUACGACUGCCGGACACUCUUCCCCCCGGCGGUCGCCACGCCGCCGCCGCUGCCGUUCCGGUCCUCUUGCAUUACCUUCAGUCGUAUGCGGGUAUGGGUAAGGCCCGAGUCGAGUGCGGCGGCGGCGGUUGCAAUUGCAGUACAGUGGUGGUUGACGCGUUGCAUCUGGGCCGUUCGUCUCAAACCUACAUGGCACUGGUCAUGGUGGAGGGUCUGGGCCUGAUGGCCGGGGAGGGUGAGGCGGGGACGAAGAGGGAGGGAGAUGACGGUGCUGCUGCCCCCGCCGGCUGUGAACUGUCCGUGACGGUGCUGGAGGAGACCUCCAGCAUCCUUGAUGGCGGACAUAAGUUCAAGGCGGAGGAGGAUGCAGCACUCAUCUGGCCUUUCCUGGACCGCAUGUCAUCGCUGUCGCCAGAUGCAACGGGCACUGACCUCGACGAUGCAGCCUGCUGGCGGAGCAUCACGGAGACUGCUGCGGAACUGGUUUCUCCAAGCGUGGGGAAGCUCAUUCCGCUGACGUUGGGUUCCCGGCAAUACGGCGCCAAGCUGCAGAUGGUACGGCAGCUGGCGGAGCAGUUUCAUCCCCAUGAGGUGUCAACCGCAACCGCCUCUUGCUGCUUCGUAGCUCUGGAGGGGCAGGUAGCCACCACACCACAGCAGCUUGCGGACCUCCUCACAUCAUCAUCAUCAUCACCAUCAUCAUCGUUGUCAACGUCAUCGUCAUCGACAAACCCGGAUUCGGAGCAGCUGUUCUCAUUCGAGCACAUCUACCGUGGGAAGGCCACCGGCAGCCUUGGCGGCGCGGAGACGUCCCGUGUGGCUAUCCUGUACGGCUCUCCUGGACUGCCGUGCUUUGGGCCGCUGUACGAGCAGCUCAAGACGGCGGUGGACGAGCAAUCUGUAGGAGAUGGCAGCGGUGGCGGCAAUGGUCUUAUGUUCGCAUUCCGGCCGCUGCUGACCACCACCUGCGAGCCGCUCUCUGGAUGUGCUCGCGCCGGCACGGGUGGCCAGUUGCUGCUGCCGGGGUGGGGUGUGGAGGCGGCGCUGAAGAACACGGAGUACAGCGCCAUGGACGACAAGGAGGUAGCCCGGCAGCGGCAGCAGCAGCAGCAGCAGGGUGGCACCGAAGGCAGUGGCGACGACGAGGAGGGCGCCGCGGAGGAGGCGGACUUUGGCAGUGGCGAUGACGCUGUGGUGAAGGGCUUCCGACUGGACGUGUUGGCGGCUAGGCGACCGGAUCUGCGCUCUGAGCUGCUCACCUUCCGGGACCAGCUGCUGGCGGCAGAUGACGAGGAGUCAGCGGAACUUAAGGUGUGGGACCUACGCGAUGUGGGUCUGCAGGCCACUCAGCGCAUCCUGGGCUCCUCCGACCCGCUAGCGCUGCUGGCGGAGAUAUCGCAGAACUUCCCAGGCAUUGUGUCCAGCUUGUCACGACAGGUGGUGAGCUCCUCCCUUAAGAACGCUGUGACCCACAACCAGCAAAUGGUGUCGGCGGGGGCCAAUUUCCUGCUGUUGAACGGCCUGGCGGUGGAUGUGAACAACUUGGAUUUCUUCGGUUUUCUGUCCCGUCUUCGUUCGGAGAUGCGGCUCCGUGACUCCCUGGUGGGGGCUCCCCUGGAGCUGUCUCCCAACCUGGCCAAGCAGGUCCUUGCGGCACGAGCGGAGGACGGCGCAGCAGCAGGAGCGGGAGGGGGAGGAGCAGGGGGAGAGGGGGAGCCGCGGCUCAGUCUGGGAUCAACAAGCAGUGCCAUGUCCAAGCACGUCGCCUUUCUGAAUGACUUGGAGCGCGAUCCCAGGUUUCAGCGGUUUGGUCGCAACUUGGCUGAGCUGCUCAACACCUUCCCGGGCAGGCUUCGUCCGCUAGCUCGCAACGUGUUCACUUCGGUGGUGGUUGUGGAGCCCCUAUGUUCGGAGUCCCUGGAGCUGGUGGCCAACAUCGACCGAAUGUGGCAGGGGGGUUACCCCAUUAGGUUUGGUGGUGAGCGCUUCGGUCGGGGCUUCGCCACGCUGAAAGAGGCGUUCGGUCCAGCUGCCGCCUGGCGUAUGUGGAUCGAUGCAGCGGAGGCCGUAACCUCCGGCUAUUACUCGGACCCUCAGGAGGUGGUGGAGGCGGCAUUCACAUCCGCAUGGGGGGCAGCAGCUCGCAGUCCGCCACCGGGAACCCGGGCCAAGACGGCGGCGCGCAAGAGCACCUCGGACGCGCUCAAGAUGCUCAAGGAGGGCUCUGGAUACGCUGCCGAGGUGGGUAUGCAGCUCAUGGAGACGGCCUCCUGGCUGAUGAUUAAGGGCCUGGUGGCGCCGCCGCCAGCCGCGGCAGUGGCGGCCGCCGCCACACCCGCAGCUGACCGCGAUGAGGACGCGGAGCGCUGUACCGCACCUCCGGUGGUGUGGAUGAACGGCCUGACAGCCAAGGCGGGAGGCUCCUCCCCGGCAGAGGAUAUCAUGUACAAGGUGAUGGGUGAGAUGCAGCGGCUGCAGGAGGCCAUCUACUUUGGUCGGAUGGACGACAACAGCGGUGGGGGCGAUGCGUUGGCCGCGGUGCUGGAGAUGUUUGGGGCGGUGGAGCGGCUGAAUCAGAGGAUUGUGGGACCCAAGGCCCGGAACGCGCAGGUGCUCAACUUGGUUCCGUUGCUCCGCCACCCAGCGCAUGAAACGCUGCGGAUGCUGUAUCGCGAAUCUGGAUCUGAAGAUGGAGAUGGUACGCCGUACGUGGCGCCUGUGACCCACUACGUGGCGGCUGACCUGGCCAAUGAGGAGGGCCGACAACUGGUGGCAGAGUCCCUCCGCCUUCUGUCCGAGGUGCUCCCCUCAUCCUCCUCCCGAGAUUGUCGGCUGGUGCUGGUGGCCAACCCCUCACAGCCUGCAGCAGCCCCCAGCCUGCUGGAGGCGCUGGUGGAGGGGGGGAUGAGGCAGCUGGAGAGCGGAGGGAGGGACAAGCCCCUUGCGCCGCUACAUUCCACCCACCCGGGCUCUCAUUUUCCUAUCAGCACUUCCUCCAACAUGCAUGGCUUGGACGUGGUGUCGUACCUGAGCCGGCUGAUGUCGGACUCCGCACUGGCGGCCGGAUCAGGUGGGGAGGCGGCUGGUGGCGGCGGGGAGGUGGAGGAGCAGACGCAAGAGGCAAUCAAGUACGCCGAGGAAGCGGGUCUGGACGGCGAGGCCAUCAAGUCGUUCCUGGCCAAGGCGGUGGACGAGAGCCUGACGUACCGGGCCGUACAGGCAGAUCUUUGCCGUACAGUAUUCAAGUUAGAACCUGGUGCGGCGGCAGUCAUCAGCAACGGCCGGGUGACUCCCGUGUAUAAACCCAGUGAGGAGCACUCCCUCCCCAACAUAUUUGUACCCACGAAACCCUCCUUCCAGAUUCAUUUGGAAUUGCUCGCUGAGGACCUGUCUCUACUUCAGAGGGUGACGUCGGGCGGUAUGGCGGGGUCGGUGGCCAAGGCGGUGGAGAGGGCGUACUCGGAGGGGCUGCAGCGCCUACCCGCCGAUCUGCCCUCGGGGGUGUCGGCAUCCGAUGCCCUGUCGGAGAUUUCCAGUACGGUGGUUUCGGCGCUGUCGGCCGCCAGCCGCGCCGCCGCCUCUGCCGGAUCACAGGAGGGCAGUGGUGGGGCCUCCCGCCUGGGUCCGGGGGCCUCCCUGCAACUGCAGCAGAUGAUGGCCAUGCUGAAGCGCAAAGCGGUCGAGGUUUCCGGCGGGCCUGACCCUCCCUUCCAUUUGGAGGCGGUUCUCAACCCGCUGUCCCGCUCCGCCCAGCGGCUGACCUCCCUGCUGCUGGUGCUGAGGGAGGCGCUGGGCCCCUCCAUGAGCCUCACACUCAACCCGCAAAAGGACAUCACGGAAAUGCCGCUCAAGAGCUACUACAGGCGAGUGCAGGAGGCGGGGUUGGGUGGACAGGGAGGGAAGUUAAGGGGGGCCGCGAGAGUGUAUGCUCUCCCGUCGGGUCUAGCCCCCGGCAGCGGGCCCCCAGGGCCGCCCACCGCCUACUUCUCCCGCCUACCGGCACGAAGGGUGCUCACACUCAACUUGGAUGCCCCGGAGGCGUGGCUGGUGGAGCCAGCAGCGGCACUGUACGACCUAGAUAACCUACGGCUGGAAGACGUGGCAGGGGAGGUGGCCUUUGCGGAGUUCGAGUUGGACGCGCUGAUGCUGACUGGCUCGUGUGUGGAUGUGACGGCAUCGGGGCGCAUGACUCCACCGCGCGGUCUCCAGCUGCACCUGGGCACCCCCACACAACCCCACACAGUGGACACACUCGUCAUGGCCAACCUGGCAUACUUCCAACUUAAGGCCGCUCCGGGCCGCUGGCUGUUGUCUCUGGCGCCCGGGAGGUCUCGUGACCUGUACCUGCUGCAGUCCAGCACCGGCACCAGCCGGGACGUGUUUGCGGAGGAAGAGGAGGGGUCCGGAGAGGCAGAGAGGGUGGCAGGGGCCUUGGUGCGCACCGGUGGUGGUGGUGGUGGUGAUGACGUCAGCACGCAAGUCCUGAUUUCCAGCUUCAUGGGGAAGCACAUGAUUCUGCGGGUUCGCAAGCGGCCCGGCAUGGAGGCAGAGGAUGUGUUGCAGGCGGACGGCACGGCGGAUGACGCGUACGACACGUGGGACCCGGACCUGGAGGAUGACGAGUACGCAGACGACGACGACGACAAGGCUCCCCCGGCCCCUAGCAGUGGUGGCCUCUUAGGCAAGGUCUCAUCGUUGCUGUCGGGCAGUGCCAAGGGCGGCAGUGGUGGGGCGGGUGGCGAGUUGGCGGCCUCUAAGAAACAACGUCAGCUCCGAGGUGGUGACACCAUCAACGUCUUCACCGUGGCUUCGGGGCACAUGUACGAACGGCUACAGAAGAUCAUGAUUCUGUCCGUUCUUCGACACACCAAGUCGAGGGUCAAGUUCUGGAUUAUCAAGAACUACAUGAGCCCGCAGCACAAGCAGGUCAUUCCCGCCAUGGCUGAGCAGUUUGGAUUCGACUACGAGUUUGUGACGUACAAAUGGCCACACUGGUUGCACAAACAGACAGACAAACAGCGGCUGAUCUGGGCGUACAAGAUUCUCUUUUUGGACGUGUUGUUCCCGCUGGGAGUCGAUCGCAUCAUCUUCGUUGACUCGGACCAGGUUGUACACGCAGAUCUGGCGGAGCUGUACCACAAGGAUAUCAAGGGCGCCCCUUACGCCUACACGCCCUUCUGUGACAACAACAAGGAGAUGGACGAAUACCGCUUCUGGAAGGGCGGAUUCUGGCGGGACCACCUGCAGGGCAAGCCCUACCACAUCUCCGCUCUGUACCUGGUGGACCUCAAGAGGUUCCGACAAAUAGCCGCAGGUGAUCAGCUCCGGGUGCUGUACGACCAGCUCAGCAAGGACCCCAACAGCCUGGCAAAUUUGGAUCAAGACCUGCCGAACUACGCGCAACACAGCAUCCGGAUCUUCUCAUUGCCGCAGGUGUGGUGUGGUGUGGUGUGGGUGGGGGACUUUGGCGCGGGUUUCCGAAACCGAGAUGUGAUGGGGAUGUGUGAGGAGUGGUUGUGGUGUGAGAGCUGGUGUGGUAACGUAACCAAAGCCAAGGCAAAGACCAUCGACUUGUGCAAUAACCCCAAGACCAAGGAGCCCAAGCUGACCGCAGCCCGCCGCAUCAUUGGGCCGCUGUGGGAGGAGCUGGACAGGCAGCAGGAGGAGGUGACGCGGAUGGUGCAGAGCAUGUUAGAGGCGCGGGAGGAGGCGGGACCGCCGGGCAGUGCCCUGCCGCCGCCACAGCCACCUGCUGUCGGGGAGCCAGCAGGGCACGGACAGGAGGAGGAGGGGUUGGAUAUGAGCUGGGAGGCAGCGGACCAACGGCAUGAAAGCCACCAUGCAAGCGACCGAACGGAGCUUUGA